UUGUUGUUUUGAUUUGAGCAUAAAAUGUUAGGUUAUUCAAUACAAAAUGAUUUUUAAUUUUAUUUAUUUAUUUAUUGUAAGGCACACAAAACAGGUUAUUAUUAUAGAAACAAAUUAUCUACCUUCUCAAAAGUUAUGAUUUUAGAUCCAUAACUAAGUAAAUUGUAUUAUUGGACGCCUGCGUAUAUAAACAUGUUUUAUAAACAAACUAUUCAGUGAAGAGAAUAUUUCGUUGUAAAUCAUUUCAUUUCGUUUAUUUGGGAAAUCAUGAUAAUAAAUGAUUAAAUGAAUUACUCCAAAAUAAAAUAAGUAUUAUGUAAAUACAAUAAUGAAGAGCAAUAUAAGUGAAGCAAAUUUGUUAAAUCUACCAUUAGAAAUUUUAGAGAAAAUAUUACUAUGCACCAAUGGUACCACUUUGGUGCAAUUGCGAGCCGUGUGCAAAUAUUUUUUAGAAAUUGUCGAUGAAAAUGCGCUCCUAUGGAAAAAGAUGUGUGUGGAAGAAUUCAAACUAUCUUCAGAAAUAGUUAGAACGAAAUGUGGUGCUCAGCUGGAGUGGUGUAAAAUAUACAGGAACCUUCGAAUGUGGAAUAAUCUCCAUGAAUACCCCAGAAAUGUCAUCCAACUCUAUGAUUUUAGUGACGCUACUGCCGAAAAUAUCCAUACGCUACAGCCUUUAGUUCUAAAAGAGAAAGAUAGAUGUUAUGACUCACAGUAUCUACGUAACAUACCUGUGGCUUUGCCUCUAAAAGAUGUACUGAGAACCGCUUACAACUCUUUUGUUUCUGUGGUCUUAUUCACUAAUCACACACUUAGUAUCCGCAACAAUGCAUUCCGAUCAAAAUGUGACACUGAAACAACAUUUUUAGCCGAAGGAUUCUCACUAUCUGAGCAUGAGUUGUACUUUUACUACAAACAGCAUAUCAUGAGAGUUGAUUUGACCAUGAAAGAAGCUACAGCUGAAGUUUUUCUCAUAAGUGAUUAUAAAAUAAGCUAUAUACGGUAUAGCUAUGGAAUUGUCCACAUAUUUACACCAUGUGGGAAAAUACUGAGUGUAAAUAAAGAGAAACAAGUAUCAGUGAAAGCAAUAAAUUGUCCAGAGGAAUGGAUAAAAAGGAUCAAAUACGUUGUAAUGUUGGACGACUGUAAUUAUAUUUGUUAUUCACGAAACUUGUUUCAAAUCGAAGCGGAAGAUUACAGACAUUGGUACAUGGAUUUUCCUUUUGUGACCGCUGUAUUUUUCUACGGUGAUGUAAUAUUAAUAGCUACCAAAGAAGGCAAGAUAUUGUUGUAUUAUUUGUCGAGACAGAAAAGAGCGCAGCAGCCUAUAUUUGAAGAGAUUGCGGAGCUGCCCGACUCCAAGUUUGCCACGUCUCUUGAUGUUUACGAAACAAUCACUGGACCACACAUAGUGGCUAUGACUAACUUGGAAAUAUUUGUCAUAGUCAUUAACUUUUUUAGUGAGAUAGAAGACGGCAGUAAAAAGGAAUGUGAUCGCAAAAAUAUUGAUAGCAGCUUGCUUGGAAGUUAGUAAAGAAUUCACGACACUAUUACCUAUUCUGUAGGUCCAGUGGACGAUUAUGGGCUGAUGAUGAUAAGGUGUUUCCUAGUUUUACUCACAAAGAGUUACAAAAACUUUAUCUUAGAAAUGGUUAAGUUUCGGAUAAUGCAUUAUAGCGUUUAAUCGACUGGAAAUGCCUUCCUCUAUCACCUCCUGAAAGGAUCAGGU